GUAAAUCGUAUAAAUGUCCAGCCAGUUCUCAAAUCAACACCGUCACUUCUCUCCUGUUCCUGUUGCUGUUGGUGCAGUGCAGCAGAUCGUCAUCAUCAUCAAUGGGGAGGCCCGUGUCGUUCAAGGACGAGUUCACGUUCGAGCAAAGGUUGGAGGAGUCGCGCGAUAUCAUCGCCACGUACCCCAAUCGGGUCCCCGUUGUAGUGGAGAAAUAUGAGAGAACAGACCUGCCUUACUUGGAGAAGAAGAAAUUCUUGGUUCCACGGGACAUGUCUGUGGGGCAAUUUAUACAUAUCCUAAGUGGCAGACUCCGUCUGGCUCCGGGAAAAGCGCUCUUUGUUUUCGUAAAAAACACUUUACCACAAACAGCGAGUUUGAUGGAAUCAGUAUACGAAUCAUUCAAGGACGAAGAUGGGUUCCUCUAUAUGUGUUACAGCAGUGAAAAGACCUUCGGUUUCCAAGAUGUACGGAACCCUUGAUGCUGAUCUCUGUAAAUGCAAGUCAUUUUCUGUAUCCAUCUUUUCAUAUUUUGGUUCGAUAGAAAUCAAACAUGGACCUCUAUGGAUCUGUUAUUUCAUUGAUUUAUCUAUAUGUAAUUGACCGAACUUGGAUAAGUUCAUCCAGGAACAUAUAUUCGUUUUUUCCCUUCCUGCAUAUAGCGGAUUUUAUAUAUUCAUUUUUUCUA